AUGGCCGGGCUGAGCAGCGGCAGCGGCGGCGGCUCCAGCCUGGGACGGUGCAGCCACGCCGUGGUGCGGGCGCUGCCCGAGUCGCUGUCCCAGCACGCGCUGCGGAUAGAGAAGGGCAAGGAGGUGGACUUCGCCCGGGCCGAGCGGGAGCACCAGCUCUACGUCGGGGUGCUCAAGAACAAGCUGGGGCUGCAGGUGCUGGAGCUGCCGGCCGACGAGAGCCUGCCCGACUGUGUCUUCGUGGAGGACGUGGCUGUGGUGUGCGAGGAGACCGCCCUGAUCACCCGGCCGGGGGCCCCCAGUAGGAGAAAGGAGGUUGAUGCAAUGAAGAGAGCACUAGAAAGUCUUAACCUCAACAUUGUAGAGAUGACAGAUGAAAAUGCAACCUUAGAUGGUGGAGAUGUCUUAUUUACAGGCAGGGAAUUUUUUGUGGGUCUGUCAAAACGGACAAAUCAACGUGGUGCAGAAAUUCUGGCUGACACAUUUAAGGAUUAUGCUGUCUCCACAGUCCCUGUUUCUGACACUUUGCAUCUGAAGAGUUUUUGUAGCAUGGCUGGACCAAACCUGAUUGCCAUUGGUUCGACUGAAGCUGCGCAAAAAGCCCUCAAGACCAUGCAGCAGAUGAGUGACCAUCGCUAUGACAAACUGACUGUGCCUGACGACGCUGCAGCAAACUGCAUAUAUCUCAACAUUCCAGGCAAAGGCCACGUUUUGCUGCAUCAAGCCCCUGAGGAAUAUCCAGAAAGUGCAAAGGUUUUUGAAAAACUGAAGGACCACAUGCUGAUCCCUAUAGCCAGCACAGAACUGGAGAAAGUAGAUGGGUUACUCACCUGUUGUUCCGUCCUUAUUAACAAAACUUCAGAAUUAUGA